AUGUUGGGUGAUGUGUUGAAUCAGAUCAGCUAUGAAGCGAGAGUAAAAAUGGGCAAUCUUUCGAGUUGGAAACGUUUUAUUCAAAGGCAUCGUAGCUCUUGCCCGCCAGAGGCAGUCAAAAGAACUAUUGUAAAGCAAGAAAGGCUAAUCAGUACUAAAUAUAUGAGGCGGAGUGUAGGCGUUCAAGUGAAUGUGUCUGAACGAGUGGGCAAAGUUGAUCGGGGAACGCAAACGCGGCCACGUCCUGAUCCUUUGACCCCCAAAGUUGUAUACAAAUUCAUUACGGAUGAAGAAGUCGAUGUGGAUGAAAUCAGUUAA